UCUGUAUUAAUUGUAAACGGGUUUUGGGAACAUCAAAUUCCUUAGAAAGGUGAAAACUUCAUUGCUGCCAAGCCGUUCUUAAGUGGGCGCGAUUAGAACACCAAAUCAAGUUGGUUUCGCCAACAAGUGGGCGCGAUUCAUCCUGAAUUUGGCAGUCUUGCACGACUGAACUUUCGAUUGGUACUGGAUUGGAGAGUAGGGAGUGUUAGUGGGCAGUGAUCAAUCUUCCACAAGAUGAAGAGAUUACUGAUUGGAAUGUCACCCUGCUUGCUCGAUUCAAGUACCUAACUCUGUAUGGCUGCUGCUAGGUUAACACACACAUGGCUGUGUCAAUUACGCCUCAGACAUCUAAGGCGAUUAUAUGCAACUUCAAACGUUGCUUAUGACGAAGCCGGAGCGCUUCUGGCAUUGGAGCCCAUUCAUGAGAACUUGUCUGAUAAAAUGGAUAACGUCGCUCAAGUUAAUAUUCUCAAAGUCAACUCUAAGUUAAAGGAAUUGGUCCAAACCGGUCAUUUGAAUAAUGCGCGCCAGGUGUUUGAUAAAUUACCUCAUAGAGAUGUAGUCUCGUGGACCAUAAUGAUUUCUGGCUAUGUCAAUGGGAGUAACUCGUCAGAGGCGUUGUCCUUGUUCUCUAAAAUGUGGGUUGAGCGUAAUAUCGCAAUGGACCCCUUCGUGCUCAGUAUUGCACUCAAGGCUUGUGGAUUCAGCUUGAAUGUGAAACAUGGAGAAUUGCUACAUGCGUACUCUGUAAAAACUAGUUUACUGAACUCUGUUUUUGUGGGUAGCGCCCUUCUUGACAUGUAUACCAAGACUGGUAAAAUUUGGGAUGGUUGCAGAGUCUUCGACGAAAUGCCUCUUAGAAAUGUUGUUUCAUGGACUGCCAUUAUUACAGGGCUUGUUCGUGCUGGUUACAAUAAUGAGGGGCUGAGAUACUUUUCUGAAAUGUGGCAAGCGGGUGAGGAAUACGACGCUUACACUAUUGCUAUUGCGUUGAAGGCAUGUGCUGACGAUGGUGCUUUGAAUUAUGGGAGGGAAAUCCACACCCAGGCAAUGAAGAAAGGGUUUGAUGUAAGUUCAUUUGUGGCUAAUACUCUUGCUACUAUGUAUAACAAGUGCGGGAAAUUAGAAUAUGGCUUGUGCUUGUUUGAAAGGAUGAGUACUAGAGAUGUGGUUUCAUGGACAACAAUAAUAACAACAUAUGUUCAGAUGGGUCAAGCAGAUCAGGCAAUUCAAGCAUUCUUGAGAAUGCGUGAAUCAGAAGUAUGCCCUAAUGAGUACACUUUUGCAGCAGUAAUCUCUGCUUGUGUCAAUCUUGUGAGAACGGAAUGGGGCGAACAACUGCAUGGCCAUGUAUUACUUGUAGGUGUUCUGGACUGUUCGUCAGUGGCAAAUUCUAUUGUUACUAUGUAUUCAAGAUGCGGGCAGUUAAAUUCAGCUGCAAGGGUUUUUCAUGAGAUGACCAUAAAAGACAUUGUUUCAUGGAGCACUAUAAUUGCAGGAUAUGCUCAAGGAGGUUGUGGCGAGCAGGCAUUCAAGUAUAUCUCGAUGAUGAGAAAGGAGGGACCAAAACCGACUGAGUUUGCUCUUGCUAGUGUGUUGAGUGUCUGCGGAAAUAUGGCUAUUCUUGAUGAAGGGAAGCAGUUCCAUGCUCAUGUCUUGUCUAUUGGAUUAGAGCACACGUGUAUGAUACGAAGUGCUUUGAUCAACAUGUAUUCGAAAUGUGGGAACAUAGAAGAAGCUUGGAGAAUCUUUGAUGGGGCAGCAAAUGCUGAUAUUGUGUCAUGGACUGCUAUGAUUAAUGGAUAUGCUGAACAUGGUCACUGUAAAGAAGCUAUUAAUUUGUUUGAGAAGAUACCCAGGGUUGGUAUAAGACCAGACAGAGUGACCUUCAUUGGUGUUUUGACUGCUUGCAGCCAUGCUGGACUUGUUGACUUGGGCUUUCACUAUUUCAAUUCAAUGAGAGAGAAAUACAGGAUUAUUCCUUCAAAAGAACACUAUGGUUGCAUGAUUGAUCUACUUUGUCGGGCUGGACGAUUAAGCGAUGCUGAGGGCAUGAUCAGAAGUAUGCCAUACAACCAAGAUGACAUUGUCUGGUCAACUCUGCUAAGAGCAUGUAGGGUACAUGGCGAUAUUGAGUGUGGUAGACGUGCUGCACAGCAGAUUUUGGAAUUGGAUCCAAACUGUGCUGGAACCCAUAUUACCAUGGCUAACAUCUAUGCUGCAAAAGGCAAGUGGCGAGAAGCAGCAGAUGUAAGAAAGUUGAUGAAAUCAAAAGGCGUAAUAAAGGAGCCUGGGUGGUCUUGGAUUAAGGUCAAAGACCAUGUGUCUGAAUUCGUUGCUGGUGAUCAAUCGCAUCCAGAGGCUGAAGAUAUAUAUGAUAUCUUGAAUUUAUUUGCUUCAAGGGAAGACAUUACUGUUAUGGAAUUGGGUUACGUUCUGUUUGAUGCUGACAAUAUGCAGAAUGUUGAGCUAUCAUUUGGUGUACCGUAGGUUUCAUCUGUGGGGAGUGAUUACUUAUUUUAGAGUUUCCUCAGAAAGAACUUGACACCGUGGGUUGAGCAUGAAAAUGAUUUAUGGUGUGACUUGAAUAUGUGGGUCUGGUUUUGUCUCCAAGGAAGCUCUCUCCUUCAAAACCAAGCGUUUUAGGCUUUCACUUCAUUGGCUCAAGAUAUUGGCAAUAUAACCCUGUGAGCACCCGUGCGGCCCUCCAGAAUAGCUGACAUCCCACCUUCUUUUACCUGCUGCCUGUUAAGUAAUUGCAAUUUUCAAAUAUCUGGAGUGUGAAGACCAUAAGGAAGGCGACUGGGACUGGUCGUAUGAGCUCUCUCCACACUUUCC